AUGGGGGACAAAAGACAGCGAGCCAGAGUGCAAGGAGCCUGGGCUGGCCCCACACGAGCUAUUCUGUCUCUUCCUUCAGCUACUACUGCUAGGAGUCAUCUCCACCAGAGGCCUUCUCAGACCUGGAGGAACCAGGAGCAUCAUCUGCCUGACAGACAGUUUGUGUUCAGAGAACCCCAGCAGGUAGUGCGCAGAGUCCCGGAGCCACGAGUGAUUGACAGAGAGGGUGUGUAUGAAAUCAGCCUGUCACCCACAGGUGUGUCUAGGUUGCGUUUGUGUCCUGGCUUUGUUGACUUAAAGGAAGCCGACUGGAUAUUGGAACAGCUUUGUCAGGAUGUUCCCUGGAAACAGAGGACUGGCAUCAGAGAGGAUAUAACUUAUCAGCAACCAAGACUUACGGCAUGGUAUGGAGAACUUCCUUAUACUUAUUCAAGAGUCACUAUGGAACCAAAUCCUCACUGGCAUCCUGUGCUGAGCACACUGAAGAACCGCAUUGAAGAGAACACUGGCCACACCUUCAACUCCUUACUCUGCAAUCUUUAUCGAAAUGAGAAGGACAGUGUGGACUGGCAUAGUGAUGAUGAACCCUCACUAGGGAGGUGCCCCAUUAUUGCUUCACUCAGCUUUGGUGCCACACGCACUUUUGAGAUGAGGAAGAAGCCCUCACCAGAAGAGAAUGGAGACUACACGUAUGUGGAAAGAGUGAAGAUACCCUUGGAUCAUGGGACCUUGUUAAUCAUGGAAGGCGCUACCCAAGCUGACUGGCAGCAUCGAGUUCCCAAAGAGUACCACUCUAGAGAACCAAGAGUAAACCUGACCUUUCGGACAGUUUAUCCAGACCCCAGAGAGGCACACUGGUGA